GUAAUGCCGGCUGUUUUAAGAUAUCUUUCCCAGUUGUUUUAAGUCGUUUUUCGUAAUUUUUGGCUCUAUUCUCGCCUAUUUCCGUGUGGUUUUUACACUACGCGUAUAAUGGCGAGCUCGGCUAACUCGAACCCAGUGGUAAGGACCAAUCUCUAAGGAUUGUCAGCGGGGGAAAAUGGGGGUAAAGAUAAUGGAAAGCUGUCGAAGAGCUGCUUAUUAUUGACUUCAGUGAAAUUAAUUUUGCUCUAACAUACACUUCACUUUUAUAUCUAAUAAAAUGAAGAUUUAAUUCAUUCGGCCAUUUUAAUCAUUUUUGGAAACUAGACUGUUCUCUGAGAUAAAGCCAUCUGGUAGGAGCAAUGGCUAACGUAAGAGGAGCUGUACAUAAACCUAAACUGUAUAAAUCUGUGAUUGAGGAUGUGAUCAACGAGGUGCGAGAGCUGUUCCUGGAUGAGGGAGUGGAUGAGCAAGUGCUCCUGGAGCUGAAAACGCUAUGGGAAAACAAACUGUUGCAGUCCAAGGCAGUGGAGGGCUUCCACACGGAGGAGCAGGCGGCCCUGCAGGCGGCGGCGCAGCAGCAGCAACAACAGCAGCAGCAGGUGCAGGUGCAGCAGGUCCAACAGGUGCAGCACGUGACUCAGCAAGCCCAGGCCCAGCAAGUCAUCCUGCCCCCCCAGCAGCAGCAAGCUCCCCAGCAGCAAGUCAUUGUUCAGGAUCCCAAGAUUCUACAGCACAUGAAUGCAACGGGGAUGAGUGCAGCAGCGACCGCAGCAACCCUCGCUCUGCCCACAGGGGUCACCCCGUACCAACAGCUCAUCACCAGCCAAGGUCAGAUCCUGCAGGUGGUCCGGGCUGCCAACGGGGCGCAGUACAUCAUCCAGCAGCCGCAGCAGCAGAUCCUCCUGCAGCAGCAGAUGCAGCCCGGGGGGGUGCAGGCACCGGUCAUACAGCAGGUAUGCCCCAUUAGACAGGUCCUGGCUCCUCUGCAGGGAGGCAUUCCCCAGCAAGCGGGAGUCAUCAUCCAGCCGCAGCAGAUCGUCUUAGCUUCAGGAAACAAAGUCCAAGGCAGCACACAGGUGAUGCAGGCGAUGGCGCAGCAGCAGCAGCAGCAGCCCGCUCAGGCAGCGGCCGCUCAGGUGCAGCAGGUGCAGCAGCUGCAGCAGGCCCAGGGCGCAGCUGCACCACAGGCCCAGCAGCAAGCUCAGGCCCAGCAGCCUCCCAUGAUGCUGCAGGUGGACGGCGCCGGAGACACCUCCUCAGAAGAGGACGAGGACGAGGAGGAGGAGUACGAUGAGGACGAGGAGGAGGAGAAGGACAAGGAUGGGGGAGAGGACGGCCAGGUGGAAGAGGAGCCGCUGAACAGUGGGGAUGAUGUCAGCGAUGAGGAGGACCAGGAGCUGUUUGAUACAGAGAAUGUAGUGGUGUGCCAGUACGACAAGAUACACAGAAGUAAGAACAAAUGGAAAUUCCACCUGAAGGACGGGAUCAUGAAUCUGAACGGGAAAGACUAUGUCUUCUCCAAAGCCAUUGGGGACGCCGAAUGGUGAAGUAAAAUAAGAAGAAGGAAAGAGAGAAAGACAAAGCAACAGGAGCAGAAACUCUGAAACUCCUUCUCUCCAGUUAACAGAUACUUCAAUAUCCUUCCACAUCCUGUGACUGGAUUGGUUUCAGGAAACUUCUCCGGAGUCUUUGAGAACUCUGACAAACCCAAAGGACUGUGAGGUACCGUAAAAAACACCAGGGGUGUCUUUAAAAAAACCCUCGACUAGCCUUGAGGGAAGAGAAACUGACAGUGGAUGGUUCCUGCGCUCACGGCGUUCUUUAUCUUUCUGGCUUCUUCUACGUUAUUUGGAAAAUAAGCAUUUCACAUCGUACAGGUGUAGUGGACCAGGGUGACCUGCCCCGCCACAGGAGGGCCGUUCAAUAUAACCCCCGUAGAUGAGAAACACCUGGAUGACGCACUGUAGGAUCAGGAGUCCUACCUCAGUGCUGCCGGUCACGAUUGCUGCCUUUCACAGCGGCCAGAAUCAAUUAUGGCUACUAAAUUUUGUUCUUGUUCGUUAAAUUCAUGAAAACGGUGCUCCAGAGGGUUUUAAUGUAGUUAAUGACCUGUUAUAGUUUUAAUGUUUUCUAUGAAGGUUUAAGGCAAAGAAAUUACAUUUAUUAAUACAAAACAUUCUUUUAAGGCAUUGUUUUAAUCUUUCGAUGAGCGCUCAUUCCCACCCCAACAUUGUUUUUCUCAUCUGCUUCUCUGGAGCUUCAUUCCAUCUUUAUCCCAAAAACUUCACACAGAAAAAGAAAAGAUCCAACACUGAAUUAAUUUAGGAAAUGUAUAAAUAAUGUUUGUCCUGUUGGUGUAACUUCUUUGCUCUUAUUUUUAGAUCCCUGCAGCCGUCUGAAAAUUUGCACAGUCAGUUUCUCGAUGUGUUGUCAAAUCAGUCAGUCGAGUUAAUCAAUAGUCACAGCGUGCUCUCUUUGUGCAAGUGUGUGUGUGUGUGUGUGUGUGUGUGUGUGUGUGUGUGUGUGUGUGUGUGUGUGUGUGUGUGUGUGUGUGUGUGUGUGUGUGAGGAAAGAGUGUGUGUGUAUGUCGAUUGAUAUGUAUGUUGUCACUGCUUUAUCUCUGGAAAUGUAUUUUUCUCGCACAUCCCGUAAUCUCCAAAUGUCUCGGUUGAAUCAGUUUAUUGGAUUUUAAUUUAACUUCUUUCAGUGGGUGUAUGGAGAUAUCCUUUUUUUAAUUUAUUCCUCAUAGUUCAUUAAAUGUUUUUGUUUUUUUAAAGCUUGGCAAGCCGCACCAAACUGUGCUCUUAUAAUCUAAUAAGUGUUCCUUUUUCUUUCUCGCUGUUGGAUGGACAAAGCUUCAUAAACGCUGUGAUCCAAAUCAUUUCGUCCACCACAUGUUCUUCUGUGCUUUCAUUUUAUUCAUGACUUUAAAUGAAAAUAUUUUCUAUCGAGGUGAGUUUAACUUGGGGGGCCUGUGUGUUUCUCUGCAGUUUGUUUUGAGUGCCCCUGUUGCAGCAAUUUGAAAUAAAGUACAUGUUUUUUGA